AUGGGACACGGGCAGCAUGAACAUAUGUUGAAAGGAAAACGAAGUGAGAACUACGUAGCAAAAUCAAGUUUACGCAUGAACAAUCAUAAGCGCCAGCUUAGCAAAUGUAUGCCCCUGAAAGUGAAGGCUAGGCCAAUCGUGAUGCAUGCGUUCCAGGACCUCGUCACACCGAAGCACACCAAGGCACACCGAGUGGCAUGUGUCGGCGGCAUGACAUCGGCUGCCCUGACGGCGCCUCUUGACGUUCUGAAGACACGCCUCCAAUCCGACUUUUACCAAUCUCAGCUGCGGGCUUCUCGUCCUGCCGUUGCCCUCAAUCCGUUUUCCGCCGCCGCCUUCCACCUCCGCGAUACCCUAUCCAUUCUCUCCUCUGUCUACAAGCUCGAGGGCCCGCGGGCCCUGUUCAAAGGCCUCGGCCCGAAUCUGACGGGUGUCGUCCCGGCGCGCGCCAUCAAUUUCUACACCUACGGCAACGGCAAGCGUCUCAUCGCCCAGCACGCCAACGACGGCAAGGAGGCGGCUUGGGUGCACCUCUGCGCGGCGGCCGCGGCGGGCAUCGUGACAAGCACGGCGACGAACCCGAUCUGGAUGGUCAAGACGCGCCUGCAGCUCGACAAGACGAUCGUCGAAAAGGCGGGCGGCGCCGCGACGCGCCAGUACCGCAACAGCAUCGACUGCAUCCGGCAGGUGCUGGGCACCGAAGGCAUCCGCGGCCUGUACAAGGGCAUGAGCGCCAGCUACCUCGGCGUCACAGAGAGCACGCUGCAGUGGAUGAUGUACGAGCAGAUGAAGCGCUACCUAAAGGAGCGCAACGACAAGAUUAUCGCGAGCGGCCGCGACAAGACGGUGUGGGAUACGAUGGUCGACUGGACGGGCAAGAUCAUCUCCGCUGGCGGUGCCAAGUUUGUGGCCGCCGUUAUCGCGUACCCUCACGAAGUCGCACGGACAAGGCUACGACAGGCGCCCGAGGCCAACGGCCGGCUCAAGUACACCGGUCUCAUGCAGUGCUUCAAGCUGGUGUGGAAGGAAGAAGGCUUCAUGGGCCUUUACGGCGGCCUGACGCCGCACCUGAUGCGGACGGUGCCGAGCGCCGCCAUCAUGUUUGGCAUGUAUGAGGGCAUCCUCCGACUGUUCGACGUGCCAUCCAAUGAGGAAGAAUGA